CUCGACGAAUCACAUAAAAUAAAAUAAAAUAAAAUAAAACCCAUCUCGUCUUCCCUUUUUGGAUUUGUUUCUAUUACUUUUGAUUGAUACCCAGUGGCCCCCUUCUUCUGAGAUUCAUCGCUCCGCGGAUGGGUAAGUCUAUGGUGAUUUGACAAACGCACAAAUCAGAGAGACAUUUUGAUUUCGGGAAUCGUUUCCUGAACUGGGUUUCUCUCCGAUAUGUUUGAGCUCUGUAUUAUGGCUUCCCAUGGCUACCCUUCGUCUCUUGUUUUACACCACCAGCAACACACCUCCAGGGAAAUCAAGGAUUGUCAGCCUUUAUUGUCCAUAUGCGGAGCUAGGCCAGAAAUUGCGAUGGGGUCAGUACUGCGAAGUAUUCAGCCUCAACAGAGCAAUGAACUUUGGAAAUCUAUUAUCGGGAUGCCAGAGUCCAAUCAAUUAGUUGAGUUUGACCCAAAAGUUAGAAGUCUGAAAAUGGUUGAUACACAAGAUAAUCAGGGUGACUCUUUGAUAUUUGGUUCUAGAUCUGAUGAAGAAUUCAAAAAGUAUGAGAAAGUCUUGGAGUUCCUUGUGUCCUGUCCAAGUGAAGAUAACAAACGUGCAUUAAAUUUACCAGACUUAAGGGGGUUGGAACAAUUAAAGACCCAGCGGUGCAGAGGGCCCUUGGCUACAUCUCAUAUCUUUCCUAGUUAUGAGUUUGAUGAACAGGAGCCGGUCAUGGACUUCAUUGGAGAAUUGAUUAGAAGCUCAAAGAUUACAAUUCUUCCUGAUGGACAAAUUUUUUCCACCGAGACUGGGACAAAGAUCAAGGAUUUACUUUCAGUUGUCGCUGAGUUUUAUUUGUCAAAGAACUCAUUAAGUUGGAGCAGGCAGUCAAUUCUUGUCCCCAACUAUGAUAGGUUGAAUGGGGCAAUGGGAAGCCAUAUUUAUGAUUCUCCCUUGAAGAUUCAUGCAACAACCAUUGCUCCUAUAAAGAGCCCUGAUGUGAUUAAGGUCAAGCCAUCACCAAAAAAGAGAAACAGUAAGAAAGUAGGCCGUGAGAGAGAUCUUUACAAGAAAAAUUAUUUCCACGCAUGCGAGAGUCUGCUUUCCUAUAUGUUUAACAAGCAGCAGCAUGGGAGAAGUGCAAUUCAGUCAUUAAAGAAUUCUGGGAGAGAACUUCCUCAGUUUCUUACUCAAUUCUCUGCUGGUAUUGCUGGGACUGGUCUCGUUGUUCUUUUCUCUGUUAUGAGUAAGGUUGCCUGUGGGAGAGCGCCAAUGUGUUCUUCUAACCUCUUGAACACUGGAUUUGGCUUUGGUCUGGUUUGGCUAUCUUGUGCUGUGAAUAAACUGAGGGAUACAAUAAUCUGCAUCAGCAAGAAAGCAAGCAAGGUUGGGUUGAAGGAAGAUGAGAUGACGAGGAGAGUGGAUAAGAGCCUCAAUGAGAUCUUCUUUAGAGCGGCAACUUUAAUGACAGUAGUAAUCUUGAGAAUUGGUUAGCCCUUAAUUUUGCAGUAUCAUCCUAAUUGGUGCUGAUCUAAGUACAGAUAUGCUUAAACUACAUGAAGUGUGAAGAAAAUAUUGCUUGAAUUCAGAAAAUGGCAAUUUCAAACUGAAAAUCUGGGCAUUGGGUUGGUUCAGUUGCUUGGAUCUGUUUGAAUGCACCACUCGAGAGUUGACACUCGUUCUCUUGUUAUAUAAGCUGUUCAUACAAGAUUCAGUUGGAGUGUUACACUGCCAAAUAUUUGAAACAGAUUGCAGGAGUAGUAAGUACACAAUUUUGCUCUUAUAAAUGUGUUUUGGUGA